CGCCGGAGUGAAGGGACCAUGGAGCUGAGUGAGCUGCUGUAUAACAAGUCGGAGUAUAUAGAGACCGCAUCCGGGAAUAAAGUGAGCCGUCAGUCUGUCCUGUGCGGCAGCCAGAACAUUGUACUAAAUGGAAAGACAAUCGUUAUGAACGACUGUAUUAUACGGGGCGAUUUGGCCAAUGUUCGAGUGGGACGUCACUGUGUCAUCAAAAGCCGCAGUGUGAUCAGGCCUCCCUUUAAGAAGUUUAGCAAAGGUGUGGCAUUUUUCCCUUUACACAUCGGUGACCACGUCUUCAUCGAAGAGGACUGUGUGGUGAAUGCAGCGCAGAUUGGCUCGUAUGUGCACAUCGGAAAGAAUUGCGUGAUUGGCCGUAGAUGUGUCUUAAAAGAUUGCUGUAAGAUUCUGGACAAUACCGUGUUACCACCAGAAACCGUCGUUCCUCCCUUCACCAUGUUUGCAGGAUGUCCGGGUCUGUUUUCUGGAGAACUCCCAGAAUGCACUCAAGACCUCAUGAUCGACGUGACCAAGAAUUACUACCAGAAGUUCCUCCCCCUGACACAGAUUUAGAAGUCUCUUACUAUUUUUUUUUUAAUUUGUUAAUAUAUAUAUAUAUAUAUAUAUAUAUAUAUAUCUAUGUUAUGUGCAUCCAAUUGAUUAACAAUGUAUGAAAUGGUCUCCCUGCAGCUAUGUAACACUAUGUAUUUAUUAAUGCCCUUCCUCUCAACUAUUUGUGACUCGGUUAUGAACUGUAUUGAACCCGAAGAGCUGGGACAUAUGUUAUGCUUCUCCCAGCCUUAGGAAACCCAUGUGCAAUGCUCCACUGCCCUCCUAGCAUUGCCUUUGCUGCACUUUUCAUUAAAAAAAUAAUUGCAUUCACUAUA